CGCCUCAUCCAUCGCAGCCAUUUGCUUGCCAGCGAGAGAGUGAGAAACAUCAAGCUCGAGCUAGUGAGUGAAAGGGAAGCUUAGACUUGUGAUUUUUAGUGAGAAGGAAGCUAAGCUAGCCAACCAGAGAGAAAGAGAGAGAGGGUGGGUAUGGGGUGGAAAGUUGUGAACGAUGUGAAGCCAUACCUGGCGAUGGUGCUGCUGCAGGUGGGGUUCGCCGGGAUGUACAUCAUCGCUGUGGCGUCCCUCAAGGCCGGGAUGAGCCACUUCGUGCUCGUCGUCUACCGUAACCUCGUCGCCACCGCCGUCAUGACGCCCUUCGCCCUCUACUUCGAGAGGGGACUGAGGCCAAAGAUGACAAUCACCAUCUUCAUCAAGGUCAUGGGGCUCGCAUUCCUCGAGCCCGUCAUGGACCAGAACCUGUACUUCAUGGGCGCGAAGCUCACCUCGGCGGGAUUCGCGACGGCCCUGGUCAACAUACUGCCGGCCGUCACCUUCGUGCUGGCCCUCAUCCUGCGCAUGGAGAAGGUGCGGCUGCGGAGCCUGCACAGUCAAGCCAAGAUCGCCGGCACGGUCCUCACGGUGGCCGGCGCUGUGCUGAUGGUCCUGUACCACGGCCCCAUCGUGCAGUUCCCGUGGACCAAGGGCCAGCACCACGCCACCGCCAGUGGCCAGGGCGCCGGCGGCGCGGCCGCCGCUCGGGACUGGCUGAACGGGACCAUCAUGGUCAUCGUCGCCUGUGUGGCCUGGGCGUGCUUCUUCAUCCUCCAGUCCAACACCCUCCAAAGCUACCCGGCGGAGCUGUCACUCACCGUGCUCAUCUGCGGCAUGGGCUCGCUCAUGAGCGGCGCCAUCGCCCUCGUCGCCGAGCGCGCCAACACCCAGGCAUGGGUCAUCGGCUUCGACACCCGCCUCUUCACCGCCGUUUACGCCGGCAUAGUGUGCUCCGGCGUGGCUUACUAUGUGCAGGGUAUCGUGUCGAGGCAAAGGGGCCCUGUAUUCGUGACGGCCUUCAACCCACUCUGCAUGAUCGUAACCGCCGUCAUGGGCUCCAUCAUUCUCAAGGAGGAGAUCAAUCUCGGAAGUGUGAUUGGUGCAGCCAUCAUCGUGGGAGGCCUCUACUUUCUCAUCUGGGGCAAGAGCAAGGAUGAGAUUAACAAAGUCUACGACGCCAGCGUCAAGGGCGCCGGCGAGCUGCCCUUAACCUCGGUGACCAACGGCCACCGCCACGGCAAGCAGCACGAGCUCGGCAACAGCAACGGAAGCCAUGUUUUGGACGUCAAGACGCCGACGACCAAUGACCACUACUUGCCAAGGGAUCUACCGGAGUAGGCGAAUAGCUACGUGUUAUACGUUCACCCAUCUUCCAUCGACCAGUAUGUCUAGCUUUUUACUGGUAAUGCAUGGCCCAUCGAUCGAUCAUGCAUGAAGACGAAUUCUGUUGUCCAUUUUCUUCUUGUCAGCUUCUCUCUAGCGACGAUCCUCUCAUGUGACUAUGUGAGACAGUGAGAGAGUGAGAAGUGCUAAUUAUAACAUCCCUUUUGCCGAUCCAUGUGGAUUUUUUGGAA